AAUCUUUUUUGGAACCCUUAUUAUCCCUAGCGCUCACAACCAAAAAACGCAUUCACCAAAAACCCUCACUCUUCGCUCUCGCCGUUUCUCUUCACAUUCGCCAUGCCUAAGGCUACCACUAAAGCCAAACCCGCCGCCGAUAACCGGUUGAAGCGCAAGGGCGCUGGAACCGGUAAGAAGCAGUCGAAGAAAGCUUCGAAAGAUCCUAACAAGCCGAAGAGACCUCCAAGUGCUUUCUUCGUUUUCAUGUCUGAAUUCAGAGAGACUUUUAAGAAGGAGAAUCCUGAUAACAAAUCCGUUGCUGUGGUCGGUAAAGCUGGCGGUAAAGAAUGGAAAUCGAUGUCUGAUGCUGAUAAGGCUCCUUUUGUUGCUUUGGCAGUAAAGAAGAAAGAGGAGUAUGAGAAGACUCUUCGUGCUUACAAUAUUGGAUUGACUGAGGCAAAAAAUCCUUCGGAGGAAGAAGGAUCUGACAAGUCAAAGUCUGAAAUCAAUGAUGACGAUGAAGAUGAUGAUGAAGAUGAUGAUGAGUAAAGUUGGCAGUGACAAAAGGAGAAGCUUAGGAGUAACUGCAAUAGAAUCUUUUUACUUAAUAGAUUUGGCAUGAAUUUGAGAAGACUUAAUCAACAACUGUUUGUGAUAAAUAGUUUUUAAAUGUUUAGGGUUAUAUUUAGAUUACAAUCUUAAUUUUGGGUUCAGCCGCAUGACCUGUACUUAAAUCUUAUUUCUAUUAUUAAUACCAACUCAGUUGUUAUCGUACUC